AUCCGCUCCGGCCCCCACAAGUCACCCGUGCCGGUGCCGUGGUGCUUCUUCCUUCUCUCCCUCCCGUCCGAGCCGGCUCGGCUAUAAAAUCCCCGCCCCCUCCCGUCUCCUCUCCACACAUCCGAUCCGAUCCAAUCCAAUCCAGCCCCCCUACGAUCUCACCGGGAAACCUCCGAUCCGAGCGAAGCGAAGGCUCUCUCGUCCUCCUCCUCAAGAUGCAGAUCUUUGUGAAGACCCUCACCGGCAAGACCAUCACCCUUGAGGUCGAGUCCUCUGACACCAUUGACAAUGUCAAGGCAAAGAUCCAGGACAAGGAGGGCAUCCCCCCGGACCAGCAGCGUCUCAUCUUUGCUGGCAAGCAGCUCGAGGAUGGCCGCACCCUUGCGGACUACAACAUCCAGAAGGAGUCCACUCUCCACUUGGUGCUCAGGCUCCGUGGUGGUAUGCAGAUCUUUGUCAAGACCCUCACCGGCAAGACCAUCACCCUGGAGGUUGAGUCCUCAGACACCAUUGACAAUGUGAAGGCCAAGAUCCAGGACAAGGAGGGCAUCCCCCCGGACCAGCAGCGCCUGAUCUUUGCCGGCAAGCAGCUCGAGGAUGGCCGCACCCUUGCGGAUUACAACAUCCAGAAGGAGUCCACCCUCCACUUGGUGCUCAGGCUCCGUGGUGGCAUGCAGAUAUUUGUGAAGACCCUCACCGGCAAGACCAUCACCCUGGAGGUGGAGUCAUCUGACACCAUCGACAACGUGAAGGCGAAGAUCCAGGACAAGGAGGGCAUUCCCCCGGACCAGCAGCGCCUCAUCUUUGCUGGUAAGCAGCUUGAGGAUGGCCGCACCUUGGCGGACUACAACAUUCAGAAGGAGUCAACCCUUCACUUGGUGCUCCGUCUCCGUGGUGGCCAGUAAGCUCCUGGCCAUGGAGCUGCUUUUUGUCUCUGGGUUCACAAGUCUCGUCUUCGGUGUCCUCCAAAGGAGUCUGGUCUAUGUCUGUCGUUGCCUGAACUGUCUUUGUUUCUAUACCGUACUAUGAUGCAGUGUUAUCGUUUGUAUCUGCAAACUUCUGCUGGUGUGCAGCAGCUUUGAUGAACUUAAUAUUAAGUGAGCCCUGAAUUCAAUCCAUAAUAUUGUUUGUCUUGCCUGA